GUAUUGUACAAUACGUUUUAUGAUAAUGAUUUCAUCACGGGAAAACCAAGUCAUAUGAUGAUUUUCAAGCUAGGUUUUUACAUUAACAACUGAACUUUUUUCAGUUUAAGUUGAUAGAAAUUAGCUGAUAUGGCUGACGAUGGCAUUGCUGCUGGUCUCCAAAGGAUAAAUCUACGAUUCCGAGAAGAAACUGUUGAUACUGUGGAUGAUGGGCCGGCUUUUGCUUUUCAUGGUCAGGCAGUUCCACGUCUUGUCAUAGCUAUUGAUUUCGGCACGUAUGCAAGUGGAUAUGCUUUACAAUGGCGCUCUGACUUCACUGACGAUCGAUUGAAAAUACAUUGUAAUACCAAAUGGACUGCUGGCGGAUUUUGUACAUACAAGACACCAACAUGCUUGUUGUUGAAGCCGGACAAAAGUAUUGCAGAGUUUGGGUACCAGGCCGAACUAAAGUUCAGCAUGCUUGGUGCUGAUGAUGAAAAUGAAAAACCCGAGGACUGGUUCUUCUUUCGGCAUUUCAAGAUGAUGCUUUAUCAUAGAGAGACUGUGAAUGACCAAACACCUGUAGAAGCCGCACACGGAAAACAUUUACCUGUUAUUGACGUUUUCUCGAAAUCUAUAAAGUACAUGAAAGAUCACGUGAUUGAACAUUUAAACCAAAGUGGCAUCACCUACCCGGAAGCCGAAACAAAAUGGGUCAUAACAGUACCUGCCAUCUGGAAUGACCAGGCUAAACAUGUGAUGAGACGGGCGGCAGAAAAGGCUGGUAUUAUUGGCACAAACCUGUCAAUAGCUCUGGAACCAGAAUGUGCAGCUAUCUAUUGCAGUCAACUUCCAGUGAAUCAAUUAGAGAUACAAGGAGAUAGUGGCAAGCUGAAAUAUGUUGCGGCACCAGAUUCUACAAUCAUGGUAGUGGACUUAGGAGGUGGAACAGUUGAUAUAACAACAGUACAAAUCAAUAAGGAUUCGACAAUGAAACAGGUUCAUAUGUCAGGCGGAGGUCCAUGGGGUGGAAUGAAGGUGGAUGAGAAAUUCAUGAUGUUGUUACAUACUAUUAUUGGACAGGCCGUAAUGCAAGACUUUGUUGAAAAUAAUCCAAUGGACGAGUAUGACCUCAAAAUGGAUUUCGAGAGUAGGAAAAGAGAGGUAAAACAUCAGUCGGAACCGAAUUCAAACGAACGUUUUAGAAUCAAGCUACCACAAACACUGAAAGAACUAUGGGAGAAAAAGGAGGGCAAGAAAGUUGUUGACAUCUUAAAAAGCAAACAAGGGGGGGAAAGGGAAUGUCAAUUUUCAUGA